CUCUUCAACUCGCAUCUAGUCUUGGAGCUUCGCUACUAUUAAGUUUGCAGUCGGCUUGGUCCGCGUUUCACUGACCUUGUGCGUCCGUGCUGCGCUGCAGACUGUCCUUCCCUCAACAGGAAGCAAACCAGCAUAUUCAGCUCUAUGGAUGUAUCUCCCGCCAUGGAUACAGAAGCUCAUUCCGGACAGGAGAAUGAUUUUGGACAUUCACAGUGGGUUGAGAUGGGCGGCUAUAACCCUUCCCAACAAACAUCCCCGAUACCGGAUUUCCACGGGUUUGGUUAUGGACCUGCACCUAUAAUGCCAAUGGAGCCUUCCUAUAGCAUGUCGAUACCGCCGUCGUAUGCAUCACUGCCUUUGGCUAUGCCUUCUCAUCCAUGGCCGAGUAUGUUGACGGCGCACUCAAGUUUCCAUGAGGGGGGGUUGCCACCGGCGCCGGCGCCGGCGCCAAUCUCCAUAUCACCUCCAGCACCCAUUCAUCCUAUACGCACAACAUCCACCGGAUCUACCCCUAGGAGGACACUCACGGAUGAAGAUCGUCGACGGAUGUGCCUCUAUCAUGAGGAGAACAAAAAUGCUAAGCAGACAGACAUCGGAGCCUUGUUUGGGGUUGAAAGAAGUACUGUCUCCAAAGUUCUACGUCAGAAAGAGAAGUAUCUCAACCCUGAUGAUGGAUCUCGCUCUCCUAUCAAGAGGGCUAAGGGCCGGGUUCCUGAUAUUGAAAAGGCCUUAUCCAAUUGGGCAAGGAACUAUCAACGUCAAGGCUAUCCUUUAACGGAUGCCAUGAUCAGGGAGAAAGCGCAUUUCUUCGCGACCACUUGUGGUAGUCCUGACGGCAAGGAGAAAGUGCUCACUACAGCAUGGCUCGAGAAGUUCAAACAGAAGAACAAUCUACUGGGAGCAAAGUCACGGAAAGGUUCGAUCGAUACGGCAAGCGACAUUGGAAGUCCUUCGCAGUUGAAUACGAACUCGAGUACUGCUUCGGCUUCGCAAACCCCAAGUGGAGUAUCACCGAUAUCCCCCGGUGGAUUGACAACGCCGUCUCCAGUGUCUCCUCCAGCAAAUCAGGAUAGCCUGCGGAAAGACUCACUUCAAGGUUUUGAUUUUGGCAACGACUACCGGCCCACGCACGCUCAGAGUACAACUUCCCUUGACACGGCGCCUUCCCUCACGGCCAGUAUGGCAAGUCCGACAUCUCCCUUUGUGUCUGACAGUCCGUACACUCCUACGUUGCAGAAUGGACUCCCCUCUAUUGGCAGUAAUUCAAGCAGGCCACGAAGCCAGACAUUCCCGCUUGCUGCUGCUAUCGAACCGGGACUGCUCUCUCCAAACGGUUCAGCUGAUCAACUUACACCGAAGAAUGUCCUGCAGGAAUCAAUGUCUACCUCCGUUCUGGACUCGCCCCUUGAUGAUUCAGCUCUCGACUCCGACGAGCCAACUACGAUCAAAAGAAACCACAGCAGUCCCGAAAUCAAGACUCAGUUGAUGCAGCCGCCCCCAUUGCCAAAAUCAAACACUACUUCUCCAAUUAGCGCACCUUCUUCUCCCACUCAAGAUGAGGCACGUCGCGCCUUGGAGCUUGUUAUGAACUACUUUCAGAAUCAGCCUUCAGGUCUAGGUGCACAUGACUUCAUGACGAUUGGAAAGCUCAUGGAGAAGUUGGAGCUCGCCCAGAAUCAAGCCUCUAUACUUCCUGGGGGGCUGCACCGUAUCGACGAGCGUGAAGAUGGGCUUCGCGUCAGCAAGAAACGGAGUAUACACUCUUUGACUUAAGAUGUUACAGAUGUCGUUUCAGGCUGUUCCCUCGCCGACCAGUCUUCCCUGCUAUCCUAUAAUUCAUAGGAAGCACGAUUGUACUUUUCAUUG